CCAUAAUAUAACAGUUGCAUAACAGUUAAAAUUGAUCAAAAAUGUAGGGGCCAACUUUUCAUUCCAGUAGAAUAUUUGAAUUUCGCGCCUUUUCUUGACCGUCUAUAACGGAGUUGCCCGCUGGCUAAAAACGCGAUUACAAGAACAUACAAGAAUGCUUCAGACUCUCACUCCAAUAGGUGCGUUCGAGUUAAGGAUUUCACCGCAGUGCACAUGUUGUUUAUCAGUUUGACAUUGACAAUUGAAUGGACACUUGACAUUGACAAGUUGAGUUUACUUUGGUUGUGUUUUGUUUUGUUUUUAUCACCGGCCUAUCAUUUCGCCAUCGCUUAGCGAUAUCCUUAUCCUAUUUAUAGAAAUAAUGCGAAAUGUCGGAAGGAGAAAGUAACGAUCGUACCAUACUGGAUUACCUGAACGAGGAUUGUUGGCGCAUAGUGCUACGCGAUGUGCCCAUCCCGGACAUUGUAAGAAGCGAACGCGUCAGCCGCCGCUGGCAGCGAGUGGUGCUGCAGUACUUGCGAGGGACACGGUUUAGUUUUUCUUUUGACUGGGACAGUGUAGAUCCUUUUGACGCCUAUCCCUUUUAUUUGCCGAAGUCAAUGUACGAAUCAUUCGAGAUGUGGACAACUAAACUUGGUUCCUCAGUUAUCGGGGCCUACUGCAAGGAUAGAGAAAGCUUAAAAACCUUGAUAGAAAACUGUCCUAACCUCGAAGCGUUAACAUUGGUCAAUCUUGAAGAACCCGAAGCGAAUACAAAAGAAUUUCCAGAAAAUUUACUAAAGAACUUCUGGUGCCUAAAACAGAUUUGUUUCUUCAAUACAUGUAACUUAUCAGACCGAUUUGUCAGCCAGAACAUAGCAGAUAAAGUAUUAGAAGAACUAGUAUUCUAUCAGUGUUAUGAAGUCACAGGAGAAUGUUUGACAACUGCAAACUUAUCUAAGUUGAAAUAUCUAGCCUUUAAAAGAUGCUUCGAUCUGCGGGCUGCGCACUUAAUCUCAUCUACUAACCAACUUGGUGAGCUGACCAAACUGGAACUAAUUGGUGUUUCUAAAGAAAUAUCACAAAAAAUUCAAUUUGUUUUGGAUAAGAUGCCUAAAUUGGAACAUUUAGAAAUACAUACUGAUGCUGGGAGGUACAAUGGUUAUCUCGAAACCUACGAGCCUAUCUGCCGUCUAAGUUCCUUGACACAUCUGCGUAUAGACCUCAAAAUGACAGACGAGUCAGUAGAAGCCAUAACUAGAUGUUGCAAACAGCUGGAGACAUUGGAUCUUGGUGACUGCGAGUUCCUUAAUUCGGAGGGCUUGGAGGCAAUUGGUCGAAAUGCUGGAGAACGCCUCACUCAGCUUGGGUUACAAUAUUUCUGUGACCUGGAGGAUGAUGAUGUGGUAAACUAUGUCCGUAGCUGUCCGGCGCUAGGUUGGCUGACAAUUAUUGGGACAUGUCAGAUAACUCCAGCUUUGCCGGCGCUUGUGUCAGCUGCUCGGCAUGAGGUGUGCCCAGGAAGUGAACUGGUCCUUGACAUCAGUGAGACGAAGCUGACCGACCCUUAUUAUCGCCAUAGUUUUUUAAAUGAAGACGAUGGGGAUAUGGAGGAAUAUGAAGACAUUCAAGAAAAGUAUGAAGACCUGGCGGUAAUAUUGGACUAAGCUCAAUUUGCUAUUAACUUUUUUAAAUAGAAAAUAAUAUAAUA